AUGGUAAACCAGUGGGUAAUUCUGUCCGUCUACGUUUUUUCGUUUCUGAUCGGACUACCAGCCAAUCUUCUGGCCAUGUGCACGUUCUUUAAGAAACUGGGAGACAAACCCAGUCCGAAUGACGUGCUGCUCUUCAACCUGACCGUUUCUGAUCUCCUCUUCCUCAUCUUCCUGCCCUUCAAGAUGUACGAGGCCGCCGUGGGCAUGAAGUGGUACCUACCGCAGACCUUGUGUUCCAUUUCUUCCUAUGUAUUUUUUACUACGAUUUACACCAGCUCCCUGUUACUCAUGGCCAUCGGCGUGAACCGUUAUUUAGGCCUGGCCUUUCCUUUCAAAUACAGACAGAGACGCAGGCCGAUGUACGCCACGGCCGGCAGCGUUCUCAUCUGGCUCAUCUCUGCCUCUCACUGCAGCAUCGUAUUUAUCACUGUCCACAUGCAAGAGACCAAUGGCACCGCGAACGGCACCGCUCCAAAAACCGUCUGCUACGAGGACUUCACAGAAAAGCAGAAAAGGAUUUUGUUGUCGGUGCGCCUUGAGUUUUUCGUGGUUCUGUACAUGGUGCCGCUCUUGGUUUGUGUUUUCUGUUACAUCAACUGUAUCUACAUUCUGUACACCAGACCUCACAUAACCAAAGAGAAGAAGCAGAGAGCCAUUGGCAUGGCGUUGUGCACGCUGAGUAUUUUUCUUCUGUGUUUUUUACCGUAUAACACCUCUCAUCUGGUGGGGUACAGCAGCAACAAAAGUCCGGAGUGGAGAUACUACACGCUCUUGCUCAGCACCCUCAACACAUGUCUGGAUCCCAUCGUCUUCUACUUCUCCUCCUCAACGUUCCGCGAUACAACCAGAAUGUCUUUUUUGAAGGUGAUGCGCUUUAGACAAUGGAAAGCCAAAGACACAACGGCUGAGAUGAGCCACGUUACAAAUUGUUAUCCAAAAAACUCUGGCACUUCUUAA